AGAGAAUAUAUAAUUUUUCUGGGAAACAUUAAUGGAACCAAUUAUUAUAUUAAUUAAAUUUUCUACAGUUUAGAAAAUUUUUGUUAAAUCUGAGUCAAUGUAAAAUUUGAAGUUAAUUUAUGUUUUAAAUUUUAUUACAUUAGUAAAUAUGCGCUUUUUAAUUUGUAAAUAUACUUGAGGAGUUUUUAACGACUUCAUAGUAUUCUAUUUGUUUUUACAAGUGUUUCUAAAAUUAAUUACUAAAUUGUGCGAUAAAAUGGUUGAGGAAUGUCGAACAGGGUUUGGACAAAUGGAUAAUAUUGACGAUGACAACAUGGUUCGACUACCACGACAGCGAAUUGUCGAUAUGUAUAAAAACGCUAUGUCGCGCGUUCGGGUUUUAGAGGCAAAAGCAAAUGAAGCUACUAUAUGUAGUAGAUGUAGCAAUAGGUGUGACAAGAAAGAACAAAAUGAUCAAGCUUUUCGAGAACUUGUAUUACGUGAAAAAGUUUUAUUAAGAAAAUUAGCUAUCAAAGAACAAGAGAUUCAAGAUUAUUCAACUCAGUUGUCAGCAUUAAAAAAUUCUAUUCAAAGUAAAUCUCUUUCCUCAUUAAAAUGUCCUUUGCAAGAUCCAGCUGUCAAUGUAUUAAUACAAAAAUUACGACAAGACUUGAGUGCCACUAAAACUAGGUUAGAUGAAACACAAAAUGAAUUAAAUGCCUGGAAAUUUACACCAGACAGUAAUACUGGGAAAAGACUGAUGGCUAAAUGUCGAUUAUUAUAUCAAGAAAAUGAAGAACUUGGCAAAAUGGUUAAUAGUGGAAGAAUAGCUAAACUUGAAGGUGAAUUAGCAUUGCAAAAAAAUUUUAGUGAAGAAGUUAAAAAAUCUCAAUCAGAACUAGAUGAAUUUUUGCAAGAUUUGGAUGAAGAUGUUGAAGGAAUGCAAAGUACUAUAUAUUUUCUACAAAAUGAACUAAAAAAAAUUAAAGGGUAUAAACAAAAUAGUAAUAACACAGGAGAAAAAGAAAGUGACCAGAAGACUGAAAUAAAUGGCAUAAACAAAGAUAGUACUGACAUAAAAACAAAGUCUGAUAUUGAAAUUUCUCAACCAUCACCAGUAGUUGAAACUAAUGUUGAACAUAAAUCAAAUAAACAUGAACAUAAACUUAAAAAAUCUAAAAGUGAAAAUACUAGCAGUACUAGUAGUAAUAUGACUAAAAUUAAAAAACAUAAAUCAGCUACCUUAGAAAGAGUAGAUCUAAGUAGUAAAGACUUAAAGUUACAUAAAAAUAAAAAUAAAGUUGCUGAAGUUAGCGAUAUAUUAAAAUCUGUUAAGUCUGAAAAGAGACAUUCUAGUAAAGAUAAAGCUCACAAACGACCUAAACUUGUUAUUGAAAACACUAAUAUUACAGAAUUAAAAUCUCCAACAAAAUCAACCACAACUACAGUUAAUGUACUCUUGAAUGGUUCAUAGAAUAUUGUUACUACAUCAUUAUAAGUGUUUUUUUUUAAUGUUGAUAUAAAAUAAUUUUUGAAUUA